AUGGAAGGGACACUUAAGGGUUGGAAAAGUGAGGCCAUGUCUCCUCCUGGUAGAGGAGUAAUGGAAAAAGUUGUGCUUGAGUCAGUCCCUGUGUACACUAUGACUACCUUCAUCCUUCCCAAAACAACUAUUAAAAUGGUCACUAGCAUAAUCAGAGAUUUCUGGUGGGGGAAAUUGGGUCCUAAAAAGGGGAUAUACAUGGAUGGAUGGGAUGGUCUAUGUAAAAGUAAAGAAAAGGGGGGAAAUGGCUUAAAGAAACUUGAAAUUAUGAACUUGUCGCUAAUAGCUAAUAAUGGGUGGAGGCUCUUCCACCAACCUAACUCUAUCUUCUCUAAAACUAUGAAAGGGAGAUACUUCCCAAAUUCUAACCCUUUUCAUGCCACCUGUAAUGAUGGCUCUUCCUGGGCAUGGAAGGGUUUGCAUAAAGUCCUUAUGAUCCUUAAGGGGUUUAGCAUUUGA